AUGCCGAUCCCACCAUCUGAAUAUGUGAGCAAUGUCUGGAAACAGGGCAUAUUUGAUGGCCGUGUGGUGUUUGUAACUGGUGGCGCCGGUACCAUUUGCAGUGCGCAAACGAGAGCUUUGGUCCAUUUGGGCGCCAAUGCGUGCAUCAUUGGUCGCAAUCAGGAAAAGACAGAGGCUGCCGCUAAGGAUAUCGCGACAGCACGGUCGGGUGCGAAAAUUAUUGGAAUUGGUGGUUGCGAUGUUAGAAAUCCCGACCAUUUGGUAAAGGCUGCUGAAAGAUGUGUGAAAGAGCUCGGUGCCAUUGAUUUUGUCAUAGCCGGAGCUGCAGGCAACUUCGUAGCACCAAUUUCUGGCCUUACCUCCAACGGCUUCAAAACUGUUAUGGAUAUUGACGUACUAGGAACUUAUAACACCGUCAAAGCCACCAUGCCCUACCUCAUCGAAUCGGCUGCUAGAAACAAGACCUAUCCGAACGGUUUGACAGGAGGAAGGAUUAUCUACGUAUCUGCUACUUUCCACUAUUCCGGAAUGCCUUUGCAGGCUCAUGUGAUGGCUGCCAAGGCCUCGGUUGACUCUAUCAUGGCAUCCGUAGCCUUGGAAUAUAGCCCCUAUGGAAUAACUUCCAACGUGAUUGCUCCCGGCGCUAUCGGAGGAACUGAGGGGAUGGAGAGGCUAUCAAGCAAGCAGGCGAAUCCGAAACUUCUUGCCUCCGCCAUCCCCAUUGGUCGACUGGGUACUAUUCGAGACAUAGCAGAUGCGACCGUCUACCUUUUCAGCGAUGCCGGUAAUUACGUAACAGGAGAGGUUCUCGUUGUAGACGGCGGUGGCUGGAGGAACAAUACCCUAUCUGUCGGCCUCGACGAAGGCAUGAAAUACCCUGACUUCUUACUAACGGGCCAAUUCUCCAAACACGUCAAGAGUGGGAGAAAGGCAGGGUCGAAGCUCUGAGCAACAGCAUUCGAACGCGAGCUUGGAGCCUAGGCCCAUGCCAACGCACCUCCAGAAACGCCUAUGAAUACUACUACAAUAAGGAUGUACGAUAAGAGGAGGCAGGUUUCGUGUUGAUGAAUGGCCUUCGUAUAGGAGUUUGGGUGCAAUCGACGUUGCUGUAAGACAGUGACUCGUGAAUCAGCAAGCAGGCGUCAUUUACCACAUAGACAACCUACUAGACACGCGAGGAAUAGAAGAGGCUAUCAAGGGGCUCGGAAUCACCACGCGUUUGUACCUACCUAGGUAAUUAAUAAACGAUGCGAACCAGGGCCUUUAUACCCAGCAGUAAUGUCUUAGUCAACCGACAUCACGGAAUUUCCUAUAAAAACGGUGGAAUAUUCUAUCAAGUUUAUUAUUUCCUAUCUCGCUACCUAACUAACUAAUUGACAAUCAACUCGCAAUAGCGAGCAGGCUAUUCUAGUGGUUCCAGUAAGCAUCCAUUCCUCUCCUAACUAACAAGGUUAGGGAUACUACUGCCAUAGAAUCUACGAUGUUUACCUAGGUAACGUAACGCCUGAUGAUGGUAGGGCAAGGACGGCAAGAGGGAGAGGUAAGGGG